UCGGAAUCACAUCUUUCUACGUUGGUGAUGACUGUCCACUCCACUGACUAUUCGCAAGAGUCUGUCGAAGCAAGAAGCAGUGAAAAAAAAAGAAAAGAACGGAAGGAUAGUUUAGGCUCUUUCAGUUUGCCUUUCAGUACUUGAUCUAGAGUUUAUUUGUUGUCGCUUCUAUCUCGUUGUCCGGCAUUAUAAAGGGAAAAUAGUCACAAGUCUCAAGAUGGAUCUGGGAAGCUUAUUGUUGGUUUUUGCAGCAAUACACUCCACCACCUUGAUAAACUUCUCUGCCUGUGGCGCUCAGGAUUACUAUGAGGUCUUGGGACUGAAAAAGGAUGCGUCUGCAAAAGAUAUUAAGAAAGCAUUCAGGAAACUUGCUUUGAAGUAUCAUCCAGAUAAAAAUAAGGAGGAAGGUGCCAAAGAAAAAUUCCUCGAAAUUGGCAAAGCUUAUGACGUGUUGAGUGACCCGGAGAAGAAGAAGAAGUACGACAUGUUUGGAGAUGAUGGCUCCAACAGUGGAGGAGGGGGUGGCGGUGGCACAAACGAUUUCCACGACUUUUUCAAAAACUUUGACGAGGCCAUGAAUGCGCACCGUCAGGGCCAGCACUACAAACACUCGGGCAGCAACGGAUUCAACCACUUUGGCUCCGGAUCCUUCGGAAGUUUCUUUGACUUUGACGAUUUGUUCCACGAUAUGGACGACGAAGAAGAAGUGAUGUUCCAGUCGUUUGGUGGCGGGCAGAAAAAGAGAAACAGUGGAUUCCAGAACGGCAACAACAUGCACUUUUCUUUCGACGAUUUUGGGUUCGAGGAUAUGUUGGAUGAUUUGUUCGAGGACGAUCAUGGCCACCACAACAAGUACGACCGCUUCAGCAAUCAGCAGUUUGCACACCACCAGAUGCACCAGCAGAUGCACAGCAACAUGCACCGACAUAACGGGCACCAUGCACACCGACAACAAAGAUGCCAGCAAGUGACGCAGCGUGUGGGUAACCAGGUGAUCACUUACACACAGUGCAGUUAACUGGUCCGGCCGCGCGCGUCACCCAAAAGUUCUUAUUCUGUUGUUUGUGACGGUGGUGGUGGCUUGCCUUGCUCGGGAAACUUCACACCUCGCUUCUAAAUCAUCGAUGCACGUUUCUGCUGUCGCAGGCGACAAAGAAGGAAGUGUGCCAAAUGACGGAAGGAAGUGUGCCAAACGACGGAAAGAAGCCCGCAAAACAGCUGUUGUUUGGGGAUGUCACACGACGUGUCAGUGUGUCUGGCGACUCUGAGCUGGUAUUUCUUUAUUGAAGUCCGCUCCAGCAUUGUUCUGAGUUUAGUUGUUGUUAUUAGAGCUAUAAUUAACAUGCGUGUCAAUUCUCGUGAAAUGAAGUACUCAAGUGUAAAUCAUUCUUUUUAUGGAUGUCAUGAACAAUGUGCCUUAUUUGUGCCCCGCAUCGUUAUCUAUAGUGAAAAUUUAUGUACUCGGAGCGUAUCAAAGUUUAAGGAGAGUGUUUAUGUAUAUAUUUACAGAUUUCUGCAUUUUUAGAUGAACUGUGAAUGCUUUCAGUGAUGGCAGUAGAAAAAAACGAGCUGUCCAUCACGGGAUGUUGCUUCUUUUCUGGUUUGAUUGACGGUCAUCAGUACCGAUACGCUGUCAUUGUGUGUUCAAACGUUUAUGUAAAACUCUGGAAUUCAGUACUUCUUUUUUGCUGUUGACAAGAGAUUUUCACUUUGUUUGAAGGACUACAAAAGUUUUUCUGUUUGUUUGAAGGACUUGUCCGCCUGUCCUCCCUCGUGCGACUGUGAUGUAACAAGCAUAUCUCCACAUCGUCGGCCAUCUGUUCGGAUGUACCUUGCUCAAAAUUUAGACAUACAGUCGAGCCUGUUCUAGGGAACGCCCUUACCUGUCUUACCUGUCCUGGGCAACAUCGUCAUUGCACACCGGACAGGUCCAUAAGUGCUCAGUUAUGUAACUCAAUAGAAUGACCAAAUUCUAAAUGUUGAAAAUAACAUGAAAAAAAAAA